AUGGACGGCUGCAUAUUUGGCUGCAAGCGCCAGCGCCAACGUCACUGUUCUCAUGGGAUGGUCAGGCUCAAAUCUCAUGUAUCAGUACGACAACUGCCCACCUUUUACCCAGCAAGGGAGGGACAGGGAAAGGGAGAGUCAAGUUGUGCACCUCGCUGUAACCAGACCCCUGGCCUCUGCAGCCCUCGGACUGUUCUGGCCCCGGUUGUGGCUGAGGUUCCCAUAUGGGUCAGUGAAGGAAGAGUGCCUGGCGGCAGGCCAGAUCACUCCUGCUAUGGUUGGAGAGGAGGUUUGGGAGUACUGGUGCAUGAUCCAGGAAUAAACAGAGCGAGAGGAGGAGAGAAGGGGGACGAGCAGGGGGGAUACUGGCGAGAAAAAUCUCAACUGUACUACAGCCCCAGCCCGACACCAAGCAUAGAACAUCGGAGCACUCUGUCGUUUUAUGAUAACCUUCCUGGACCUGAAACCCUUGACCGCAUCGAAGACGUCUUUGAGAUGGAAUCAAGCUUCAGAGAGCAUUUCCAGGAAAACAUGCGGGCUCCUGAGAUGGUCGGGGGUGAAGCGAGCGACCUUUGGUCAGAAAGUGGUUUAGACAACCAGAGCCAAGAUAUUGGGCAUCAGCAGGAGUCUGUAGCCUGUGGAUUGGUAUACGGGGACCAGAUGCUGCAGCUCCAACAGUCAGACUCACCUCAGCGACAUCGCCGGAAUCCAUGGGCCCAAAGUGAGGUCCAGCAACCAGAGCAGACUCAUUGGACUCCUAAGGUGCCUCCUCCUCUACCACUCGCUGACCCCUCUGCCAGUGCACUUCGUAGCCUUCUCACCAACCUCCAGCAGGAAAUCGUCAGACAACAUAAAGUGUAUGAGGCCCGGAUUGUCAGUCUAGAGGAGCGAAACAAGGAGCUGCAGGCGGAGGUGGUUCUGUUGAAAACAAACCUGUCACGGCAGCGUCACUGGUACCAAGUUGUGCAAGCAAAGACCACAGAGUCCGAAAGAGCGCGGACUGCUGCGGAGCUACGCAACUCGGCACUGCAGAAAGACAUGGAGCAGUUCUUCGACACCUUUGGUGAUCUCAACAAUGAAGCAAAGAAAACAGAAAACAUCAUCAGGAGAUUUUGA